AUGGAACUGCCCCUUUCGAGCACCAACGGCGUCGAUGGCGCAGCCGAAGACAGGGAGAAGCACGAGAGGAUAACCUGCUUCAGCUACGACAGCAAGAGGGAGUAUCCGAACCAUGUCAAGUGCCCCAACUCGGAUUCCUGCUGCGAGACAAUCGAGCAGUGCCGUCCAGAUCGCCUCUGCACCUCAAAGGACGACCCCAAGACGCUUAUUAGGCCCCCCUGCGCGUACAAGCCGUGGACAAACAGCUGUGCCCAGGUAUGCUUGUACGACAAACAAGAUUCACACGUCCUGCCUCGGGCGGUGAUAUGUGAACAGUCUGGACCUUCUAGCGGCAGCUAUUGCUGCGACGACAACAGAACCUGCUGCAUCGAUAGGGCCGGUUUCUUCUUAGACGAGAACGGUCUCCUGAUCGGCCGCGCAAACGAGACCGACAACUCGACAUUAAGCCCUAAACCUAUCGGGGUGUCUAUCGCGGAUCUACGAGGCAUGGGAUCCGCCAUCACGACCUCGACACCUGCCCGCUCGCCUGGCUUGUCGACGGUACAAAAAGCCGGUAUAGGCGUAGGCGUGGGCGUUGCAGUGCUACUCGCCAUUAUUGCAGGAGCCUUGCUCUUCCUUCGCAGCCAGAGACGAAAGAAGAGAAGAACCAGAGCUGCUUCUGACUCCGCUGGUGUUACUAGUGCCGGCCCUGGCACAGCUAAUACCGAUGCCCCGACGGAAGCUUGGGAAGACGAGGACAAGGCGCCGCUACCCGGUGAGGAGCAGCGACGGGAGAAGGCAGAGGAGCGAGCAUAUGAGCUGAUGGGCGACGGAGGGACGCCGGAGCUUGAAUCAGUUGAGAGCCCCCGAUAUGAAGCUCCGCCGUCGGAGUUACCGAUCGUGAGAGUGCAGCAGACCGAGCCCAUCGAGCUGCCCGCCGACCAGCCUACGGGGAAGCCUCGUCGGUCUUGA